UACAAUGAAAGUCCUUCUGGCUCUUGGUGUUGUGCUUGCAUGCUCUGUUGCACUGUCUAGUGCUCAGUGUAUGACUUCAAAAUUGAACUUUAAUUUGAAAACAAGAACUACAGGCUGUGAGCACAAAGGAAAAUUUUACAAAAUAGGGAGCGCGUGGACUUUGGACUGUGAAGAGUGCUCCUGUAAUAAACAUGGCAUGAGCUGUUGUUCAUUGACACGUACACCAAUCUAUGAUAAGAAGGAAUGUGUAGCUGUAUUUCAUAAGGAAUCCUGUAGUUACACAGUGACCAAAAAGAGUAAUCCAUCAGAACCAUGUGAGAUCAAAGCCAUGGUUGGCUAAGGCGUCUCAACCCAAAACAAGGCUGUAUUUAACACUGAAGCAAAACCUAAACCCUUAUUGUUUCCAUUGUGUUUACCUUUACUUAUUCCUGUUUGCAUAACACACGGUUCCACUCUUUAUCAUAUGUAAAGUCUUUAAUGUGUCAAGUCUUGCAAUAAAUCUCUAUGA